ACGUUUGUGGUUACUAGUUUGAUACAGCAAUUUGUAAGUUUCGCUCCCGAUACGUUUUGAGCCAGAAACAAGCUAUCGACUUCCUUCACUGCGCAUGCGUGGUGGUGGCGGUAAACACUUGGUUGGUUCGUUCCCCAGCACAAACGGGCCGGGCGGGCCACGGGCGGGCCUCACGGGCAUUACGUGUGAGCAGCGAGGCAGUGCGGGAGUGGGCCCGGCGGCGCGUUUUCGUGUACGCAGUGGCGAGCAAGAACAGCAUUGUUACAGUUUGUGUGUUGUGAAUUUGACAAUGAGUGAAAUCAAGAACAAAGAUCGUAUAUUAGAAGCAAUAGAUCAACUGCGAAGGCGAAAAGCGCGUCCAGACGCGGAUAGAAUAUGUAACUUCUUGCUGCGGCGCUUCUCCGUCAGUAGCAAAGACACGAUUGCGGACCUAGAGCGUAUGGUGCAAGCCGAAAUUGUUAUACGCGUAGAGUACAAGGGAAAUAUAAGCUACAGAAAUGCAGCAAAAUGGUCAAGGCUUGCUGUGUACAAACACAAAGGCAAUGUAAUGGAAAAUAAUAAUAUUAUAGAGGUUCGUAGUUUGCUUAGCAGAGCAUUUGCUUCAUUGUUAGUGGAGGAUCCGGAUUAUCUUGAUUUCGGCGUUCCUGAAAAUGAACUGAAGAAAUCUAUCUUAGAAGAAGAUCCUUGUUUAGAGUGGGGUGAUGUCGACAGCAUACUGCUUCGAGAAAUAAAUUCGGGAUAUCUUGUCAGGCUCAAAAACAACAACUAUUCAUUAGCGGAUCAUCCCGUACCUAGUUGCACAACCAACGGGAAUAUAGAAAAUUCUUCUGAUGUACACAUGUUAAAGUUUGAAUCGUCGUCGUCAUCUCAUUUCGAUGACGAACCAAACAAUAUCGGAGGCAGUGAAGAAAUUGACACCUCUAUUAAAAUAUCCUCUCCCAAAGCAACAGAUGUCAACAAUGAAAAAAGCAUUGGAAUCCAAGAUGAUGCGGAAAGGCGCGAAACUAAUCCUUCUCGCACUGAACCUCAUACUGCUGUUAAUGUUAGUGGAUUUCGUGUUGGUGUGCGACGGAAGCGGGCGAAGAAAGUGUUUGAUCCUUCAGAUAAUAAUAUUCCCACCCGCAAACGUGGUCGACCACUGGGAAGUACAAAUAAGAGCAAAGAUGUUGCUUCAGUUGCCGCGAAAGUGGAACCUCUGGGUCCAGUGUGCUCAAUAUGUCAUCAUCAAGUGAACGGCCGUCGCGGUCUAUACGAAAAGUUUCUUACAUGCGCAAACUGCACUAACAAAGCUCACCCCAGUUGCCUUGAUGUUGGUGAUAAGCUUAUGCCAUUUUGGCAGUGCAUGCAGUGCAAAAUUUGCCCACAUUGUAUGCAGUCUGGUGAAUUUGAACAGCUUGUGACAUGUUGGGGUUGUGGAGAUGGAUGGCAUCCCACUUGUCAUUAUCCUGAAAUUCUAGAGAGGGCCAAUGGUUCAAAGUGGUACUGUUUUCGAUGUUUACCAAGCAAGCCUAAGAAUGUGAAUGGUACCAGUGAUAGUCCUGCUCCAGAUGCUAUCCCUAUUAGCUAUCCAGCAUCAGCAUCUGUAACUUCAUGUGAUAGUGAUGAUCAAAUUGAUGAAUGUAUACCGGAUGCUUCAGAAUGGACGGUGGAUGAAGUUUCUAGGUAUCUAGCAAAUCAAGGCUACCCUGAGGAGGCUGCUAUAUUCAAACUCAAUGAAAUUGAUGGAGCUUCUUUACUGCUUAUGAAGAGAAGUGAUGUCCUUCUGGGGCUGCAAUUAAAGCUUGGUCCAGCAUUGAAAUUAUAUGGCCAAGUGAAAAGACUUCAGAUUCGCCAAAGUGACCCUCAAUUAAUAUGGGCCUAGUUGUGCAAUAUUUUAACCUGACAAUCAGGUCAUGUUUUACUCCUCUGUGAUUCAGGACAUGUUGGCUUUCUUGUGUAUGCUGCUAUAGUACACAACUUUCCAAUUUUGAUGCCAUGUUUUGUUUAUUUUCUUGUAAAAUAUGUGUAUAGGGAGAAACAAGUUUAUAUUCACACUGGUUUUAGUAUUGAAUGCUAAGCACAAUUUUACACCUAUUUGUACAGUUUCUUGCCAGUUGAUGUUAUAACAAGAGAGAAGUGGUUAUGACCACUUUGGAUGUGAAAAUCAUUCAAUUUGUUAGGAUGUACGUACAGAGACUUUGCGGGGUACAUUUAUCACUCUGGAAAAGAUCAAAAUGAGGAUUGAUGUUCUAAAAGGAGUGUGUUAUUGUGCAAAGAAAUAAGUCAGAAAUGGAAUUCAUGUACCUGCAGAAACUGUAAAUUGUAGUGUUCUUAUUGUAAUCAGUAUUUCUAGAGCAUAAUUUAUUAUUCCAUGUUCAUGAAAGGACAAUAAUAUCUAAGGCUUUUAAUAAUUUUAAUUGCUAUGGUUUACAUUCAGAACAUUAGGCAAUCCAAGCUUUAUUUUCUGAUCAUUUCCAUUUCUUGUCAUUUGAAUGUUUUGGAUUGCACAUUUUUAUUAAUUUUAAAUUCCUUUGUAUGAUAUUUUCCAACAUUUGUAAACUGAAGAUUGCACCUUUUAGUAGAUAUUGUAUAUUAUUAAAUUUCAUUUUGCAUUAUCAUACACAUGUUUGUUUUUUGUUUUUCUUAAAGCUACUAUUCCAAUUCAAUCUUCUACUAAAAAUGGGAGGGAAGGCAAUUAGAAUUGAUGUAUGAUGGAUCAUGCCUCUGCACAUCUAUUCUUACAUAGUUUUUAAAAUGUCGUUUAGAGUUAAUUUACGGUCAUGAGUAAUCAAUUAAGAAAGUUCAUUCAUCGUCUCAAGUAAAAUUUAAUUUUGAUGGAAGUGUAGGCAUUCUUGCCAAAGAGUGGAAUUUGUUAAUCCCAUUAAUAAAAAGCUAUCUUAUUUAUUGAUGGCCUUCAAAUAUGAAUUCCAAUUAUUUUAUUGAUGAAUGCAAAAUUAGUGUUUCUUGGAGCAUUUUUAAGAAAAAGAAAUUAACUUCACAGUGAUGAUUGUUGCUCAGCCCCUCUUAAAAUAAUACUGCGAAAUUACAUUUGUUAAUUUUUGUAAUAUUCCUUGUUACCACUUCAAAGAACACUGUAAUCAAUGUUAUUGACAAUUGUCUUGAGUAAAUACUUGAAAAUGCCUUUUGUAAUCCAGUCUCCUGCUUCCAUACAAAUCCUUUAAUAUUUGACUUGCUUUAUUUUGUACAUGCUCAAAGUACUUUUGAAUACUUUGAGAAAAAUAAAGACAACUCUAUGAAAGAGGUGGUUAUUGGCCAGUAUUAGGUGUUUGAGUAACGUCAACUAGUAUUCAGACCUUAUGGAGUUUAUCUUAUCCUCUAAUCUAAUUCUGUUCCUACUCUAGUUUGUCAUAUUUCCUCUUUUGUAA